AGGCCGCCGAAUAGACAAAAAUAAAUAACUUAUAAUUUAUACAGUAAAAAACCGUUUGUUCAAAAUGGGCAGUUUGUUUCGUAGUGAAGAAAUGUGCCUGGCACAGCUGUAUCUUCAAAGUGAAGCAGCAUUUGCGUGUGUAAGUGAACUUGGAGAACUUGGACUUGCGCAAUUUCGUGAUUUAAAUCCGAAUGUGAAUGCUUUCCAACGUAAGUUUGUAAACGAAGUAAGAAGAUGUGAUGAGAUGGAACGAAAAUUACGUUUUCUUGAAAGAGAGUUGAAAAAGGACAAGAUUCCUAUUCGGGAUACAGGAGAUGACCCUGUGGCCCCUCCUCCCAGAGAAAUGAUUGGUCUUGAGGCCAAGUUUGAGAAGUUGGAAAAUGAGAUGAAAGAAGUGAAUACCAACCAAGAAGCUUUAAAGAGAAACUUUCUUGAGCUAACUGAACUGAAGCAUAUCUUGAGGAAAACUCAAAGUUUCUUUGAAGAGGCUGCCAUGUAUCAUGGAAAUCAACCAUCUGAAACUAAUCAACCUGAGGAAGAAAAUCUGCUUGUAAAUGACUAUACCAAAACACCAUACACAAAACUUGGGUUUGUUGCUGGUGUGAUACUUAGAGAGAAGGUCCCAGCGUUCGAACGAGUUUUAUGGAGAGCAUGCCGAGGAAAUGUCUUUCUUAGGCAUGCAGAGAUUGAAACAACAUUUGAGGAUCCACACACUGGAGAUACUGUGAACAAAUGCGUUUUUAUCAUAUUCUUUCAAGGAGACCAACUUAAAACAAGAGUCAAGAAAAUAUGUGAAGGGUUUCACGCAAGUGUUUAUCCUUGCCCUGAGUCCCCACAAGAACGAAAGUCGACUCUUGACGUAGUUUCAGUUCGUAUUGAGGAUAUGCAAGCGGUCUUGAACCAAACUGAGGAUCACCGAAAGAUAGUUCUUUCUCAAGUUGCAUUGGAUAUAAGAGUCUGGUUCAUUAAGGUACGCAAGAUUAAAGCAAUCUACCACACACUGAACUUGUUCAAUGUAAACAUAGCUGAGAAAUGUCUGAUAGCUGAAUGCUGGUGUCCUGUUGUUGAAAUUGAUCGGAUACAACUUGCUUUAAGAAAGGGAACGGAGUUAAGUGGAUCAUCUGUUCCAUCUAUAAUGCAACGUAUGAACACAAAGGAAGCUCCACCAACUUACAACAGGACUGAUAAAUUCACUCAAGGAUUCCAAGCCAUUAUUGAUGCUUUUGGAAUUGCAAACUAUAGAGAAGUGAACCCAGCUCCCUUCACCAUCAUCACCUUCCCUUUCCUCUUUGCUGUGAUGUUCGGGGACAUCGGACACGGACUCCUCAUGUUCCUAUUCGCACUUUAUCUCGUGCUUAGUGAGAAGAAAUAUCUGGCCAAGAAACCUGAGAAUGAGAUAUUUGAAAUGAUGUUUGAUGGUCGUUACUUGAUAUUACUGAUGGGUAUCUUCUCCAUGUAUACUGGCUUCCUCUACAAUGAAUGCUUCUCACGUUCAAUUAAUGUCUUUGGAAGUGCAUGGAAUGUUAACGCAAUGAAUGACAGCAAUACAACUCUACAAGGCAGUGGUACCUUGACCCUUGAUCCAAAGACAUACGGAGUUUUUAGAGGGACACCACUCCCGUAUCCCAAUGGUACUGGAGACCCAUACCCGUAUGGUAUUGACCCAAUCUGGCAAUCUGCAGGCAACAAAAUCAGUGUGCAGAACAGUUAUAAAAUGAAGAAUGCAGUCAUCAUGGGCCUACUACAAAUGAUAUUCGGUCUUGUGCUUGCUUUCUAUAACCACAGAUAUAACAAAGAUUAUCUCGCUUUGUUCUGUGAAUGGAUUCCCCAGCUUAUAUUCCUAAUGUGUCUUAUCGGGUAUCUUUGCAUUCUUAUCUUCUAUAAGUGGGCAGUAUGGAAUGUCUUAAAUUCUAAUUCAGCUCCCAGUUUACUGAUUGGUCUAAUCAACAUGUUCAUGUUCACCAAGCCAACAUGGGCAAAGAAGACACAAUUAUACAGCAAUCAAAAUGAGGUUCAAAUCACCAUUGUAAUCAUUGCUAUACUCUGUGUACCAUGGAUGUUACUCACCAAACCAAUCAUCUUGUAUUUACGCAACAAGGCAAAAAUGAAGCAGUUAGUACUUCAUGUUGAUCCAAUAUACAACCAUGAUUCUACUGCUAACAUGGGUACCACCAGAUAUGCUGGAGUAAGAGUAGCAGUUGAUGAAACAUCAGAUGAUGUUGCAAUCCUUGAUCAUGAUCAUCUGGAUGAUCCAGAGACAGCUAGCAUCACACCAAAAGAUGAAGAGGAGAAGUUUGACAUGAGUGAGGUGUUAAUCUACCAAGUUAUCCACACCAUUGAAUAUUGUCUCAGUUGUAUUUCACACACGGCAUCUUAUCUUCGACUGUGGGCUCUAAGUCUUGCUCACUCUGAAUUAUCUGAAGUUCUAUGGACAAUGGUAAUGCACAGUGGUUUGUCUGCCAAAGGUAUCUUGGGUGCUUUUAUGAGCUUCGUUAUAUUUUGGGGCUUUGCUGGUUUAACUGUGGGCAUUCUACUGGUCAUGGAAGGACUAUCGGCUUUCCUGCACGCUUUGCGUCUCCACUGGGUGGAGUUCCAGAGCAAGUUUUACAAAGGGGAGGGAUAUCUUUUCACUCCCUUCUCAUUUUCGCUCAUUGUGGAAGGAAGAGUGGAUGAAUGAUCAUUAUGAUGUCAUACUAGUCCUAAUUCUUCAAUCUGGAUUUCAAUUGAUUGGUUUCGAAAUUCAAAAGCUGUGGUUUUUGUACAUUAAAAUAUGCCCAACACAAUUAGUCUAAAAAACCUAAAUUUUCUAUAUAAAAAAGUUUCAAAAUGUUUCUCUUCAAUUAUUCAAAGAGAAUAUGUUUAGAGCCAUUACCAUUUUAAAGUCUGUUCCAGUAGCUUAAAUAGUUCAAAUAGGUUAUUGUUUAAAACUAUAUACAAAUAUUAGCAUAAUAAGAAUAUGAAAGAAAAAUGUAUUUCAAUGUUGUCAUAUAUGCUUGUUGCUCCAUGCGUGAUUUAUGUUUCAUGAGAUAUAUAAUUGUUGUAUAAAUGUUCAGUGAUUAACUGUCAUGUGCAAUUUUCAUUAAGUUGACAGCCCAGUAUAUUAAGGUCGCAAUAAAGAAUAUUUC